CCUCUGGGGCCUCGCCGCGCGCUCCCGCCGCCGCUCCCGCUCGAGCUCCACCCAGGUCCCCGGCAGCGCGGUCCGUGGCGGCUGUUUCCCGCCAUUGUGCGGAGUGGAGGCUGCGCCCCCCGUGCCGCUCCCCUCUGUGGCCAGUAGGUCGAGGGCACCCAGCGCCGCAGACGCCGCUCCCUGAGGCGCGGGGAGGCCCGCAGGUCGCCACCCCGCGCGCGUGGGAGGGCGCGAACGAGGACCGGCCGAGCCCCUGAGGAGAAGCCGGGCGCCGCGCGCGCUCGGUCGGCGGGCCCCGGCCCUCGGCGACAUGCCGUGUGGGGAGGAUUGGCUGAGCCACCCGCUCGGGAUCGUGCAGGGCUUCUUCGGUCAGCCCCAUAGCAGUCCACAGGCAGUCGGCUCCAGGUUGUGAGCACCAGAAAGCCAAUGGGUCAGUACUCAGCAGGGAGACUCCUGGAUGCCUGAAUGUUCCAGAUGCACAUUUACUUGUUUUAACUGGCCCAAAAUGGAAUUAAUCCUGACUGGGAGAAGAAAGUUAUUGAAUACUUCAAGGAAAAGCUGAAAGAAAAUAAUGCUCCUAAAUGGGUGCCAUCAUUGAAUGAAGUUCCCCUCCAUUAUUUGAAACCUAACAGUUUUGUCAAAUUUCGUUGCAUGAUUCAGGAUAUGUUUGACCCUGAGUUUUACAUGGGAGUGUAUGAAACAGUUAACCAAAACACAAAAGCACGUGUUCUUCAUUUUGGAAAGUAUAGAGAUGUGGCAGAGUGUGGGCCUCAGCAAGAACUUGAUUUAAACUCUCCACGAUCUACCACUUUGGAAAGACAAACGUUCUACUGUGUUCCAGUGCCUGGGGAGUCUUCGUGGGUCAAAGAAGCCUAUGUCAAUGCAAACCAAGCUCGAGUCAGUCCUUCAACUUCCUACACCCCCAGUCGGCACAAGAGGAGUUACGAAGAUGAUGAAGAUAUGGACCUACAGCCCAAUAAGCAGAAAGACCAGCAUGCAGGGAGCGUCGGUGGUCUUCAGUGGUGCGGAGAGCCUAAACGUUUAGAAACCGAAGCUUCCACUGGGCAGCAGCUGAACUCCUUAAACGUCUCUUCCCCAUUCGAUCUGAACUUCCCACUGCCAGGAGAGAAGGGCCCUGCCUGCCUCGUGAAGGUCUACGAAGAUUGGGAGUGCUUCAAAGUGAAUGAUGUUUUGGAGUUAUAUGGUGUUCUGUCUGUGGACCCCGUUUUGAGUACACUGAAUAAUGACGAAAGGGACAGCUCUGUGCUACUAGACCCCAUGGAGUGCACAGACACAGAGGAGCAGAGGGUGCACAGUCCUCCUGCCUCAUUAGUGCCAAGAAUUCAUGUAAUUUUAGCCCAGAAGUUGCAGCACAUCAAUCCAUUGUUACCCACUUGCCUUAACAAAGAAGAGAGCAGAACCUGUAAGUUUGUGUCAAGUUUCCUUUCUGAGUUGUCCCCAGUCAGAGCGGAACUUCUUGGGUUCCUCACUCAUGCGCUCUUGGGAGAUAGCCUGGCUGCUGAGUACCUUAUACUGCAUCUCAUCUCUACAGUAUAUACGAGAAGAGAUGUUCUUCCACUAGGAAAAUUUACAGUUAACUUGAGUGGUUGCCCACGGAAUAGCGCCUUCACAGAACACUUAUAUCGAAUCAUUCAACACCUUGUUCCAGCAUCUUUUCGUCUACAGAUGACUAUAGAAAACAUGAACCGGCUGAAAUUCAUUCCCCACAAAGACUAUACAGCCAAUCGCUUGGUGAGCGGACUCCUCCAGCUGCCUAAUAAUACUUCCCUGGUCAUCGAUGAGACCCUUCUAGAACAAGGGCAAUUGGACACCCCAGGUGUUCAUAAUGUGACCGCCCUGAGCAACCUGAUAACUUGGCAAAAGGUGGAUUAUGACUUCAGUUACCACCAGAUGGAGUUCCCUUGCAAUAUCAAUGUGCUUAUCACUUCUGAAGGGAGGUCACUCCUCCCGGCAGACUGCCAGAUCCACUUACAGCCCCAGCUGAUCCCACCCAACAUGGAGGAGUACAUGAACAGCCUUCUCUCAGCCGUGCUGCCCUCUGUGCUGAACAAGUUCCGCAUCUACCUAACCCUGCUGAGAUUCCUGGAUUAUAGCAUAUCUGAUGACAUAACCAAGGCAGUUGAAGAUGAUUUUGUGGAAAUGCGCAAGAAUGACCCUCAGAGCAUCACUGCUGAUGAUCUCCACCAGUUGCUUGUGGUAGCUCGGUUUCUGUCUCUCAGCGCCGGUCAGACCACACUGUCACGAGAGCGCUGGCUGAGGGCAAAGCAGCUGGAGUCUCUGAGAAGAAACCGGCUUCAGCAGCAGAAGUGUGUGAAUGGGAAUGAGCUUUAGAGGUCUGGAGGGCACGUCAUAGCUGAGAUACUGCAAAGUGCAAAUUCAUUUAUAUCACAUUGUUUUAUAGACAAUUUGUAUCAAAAAACCAAUGACUUUUCCUCAAAUCAAGCCUGGUGACACCUGAAGUUUAUAUGAUUCUCUGUAAGGGCUUUUACCUUACUGGUUUUAUGGAGAUUUGGAGUUUGUUUUAUAAUUAUAUAAGUUAGUAAUAAUGUACAAAAACAUAUUUGAUAUUAAAGGUUUAAUGAUAAUGUUGCUGAUUAUACCGUCUCCUUAGCUACAGCUAAGUCAUAGGCAGCUCUGUUGAAAUGCCAACUUCAUUUGAAGAAAAUUGUUGCAAUCUCUAAGUUGAAGAACUGUGCAUUUCAUAUUUCUGCCUUUCCAAUUCAUUCAGAGGGUCUGAGCAUGUUCACCUUGGGGGCCCCUUGCCAUUGACUUGUGUCCUAGAGUCUCAUUCCUUCACAUAUCUGACUACAGAAACUGUUUCCACUUAACAGCUGUUCACGGCAUGCAGAACUAGGCUUUUACAUGGCAGCGGUCCCCAGCUUUUGGAUUUCAUGGACCAGUAAACCUUGCAAAAUUUUAGGGGUAGGGUUGCCAAUUAAUUUUGCCAAGUAACCUGAAAAAAGAAAAUCACUGUGUGAUCGUCAUUUCUCCCCCCAUCCUCCCUCCCUGAAGAGUAUUUUACAUAAAAAAUAAGUGUCUGUCAAAGUAAUGGUGCCCUGUGGAAAGACUUGUCCAAACAGAAGGAAGAUAGUAAACUUGAAGAGCAAAGGGAGGGGUCUUUUUCAUGGUGCUGAGUAUUGAACCUGGGAGAAAAAGCCUUCAUUAUUUUCAUAAUCAAUGUUACGUAGCUGCUUUGAUGGUUGUACUGGAGUUUGGGCUUUGAAUGUUCAUUUGUCAUUUCUAAAUGUGCUAAUAAAGUAACAUCAUUUGCCAGUACAGUUAAGGCCCCACACAGUUGUAGGUAGAUCCCCCCCCCACCAAUUUGUUUUGUUAUGCAAAUUUUCAAAUGAACUAAAACCUAUUACUUACAGGUAGAAAGCAAGUUAUUAACAGUAUAAUGGUAAUUGUGGCAACAAGAUUCUUUAGAAAGGCUAAAACAUCAUUUAAACCAGUGGUUUAUAUGAAGAUUAGUUGGAAACAUAGCAGUUAAAUGAUUCCUUAUUUUUCCUUCCUACUAAGGAGGCUUACAUUGACAUUGCUAUUCAAGGAAACAGGGUCAGCCUUGAAAAAACUCAAGGUAUUAUGCCUAAUGAAAGAAAGUAAAAAUUCCUAAUUCAGCAUUCUUUUUCCUAAACUCAAAUAUAUUUUUAUAAACUAAUGUAAAUAGUGUUUAUUUUAGAAUUCUAACUGGUUUUCAUUUUUAUAACUGAUGGACUAGAUCUUAAAAACUUUUGGAAAUAAAAUGCUCACUUGGAUUCACAAGAAGAAAAUAAUUUUCUUUGUCCUAGAACAAGGUAUUAAGUUAUAUGUCUAACUGUGCCAAUGUAAACUGUAACUUACCAAAGAGAAAUAAUAACUUUGUUUGGUGUUACAGAAAAACUCCCUUGAAAGAGCCCUAUUUUCAGUAAAUAAAACUUCCCAAAUUACCAA